UGCUGCUGCUGAUAGAUGAAUUUCUCCUCUCUCAAGCGGGUCCAACUACGACCUAACAAAAACAAAGGACUGCAUGAAAAUUAAAAAACGUUUUUAUAUAAACGUCUGAUAAACCACGGAAUCCUGCAAUGCAUCAAGUAACAGGAAGCAACUAAAAUGAGAAUUAUACGCACCGAGUAAAAAAAGAACUACGACCAUUGCUUUCCCACAGCUCUUCUGUUACUUUCGAUGGGAGCUGGGCACUACUUGCGCGCCAUUUUUUUUAUAUCUUAUUGCAGAUGUUGGAUGAAGGCGUUUUGUUGAUAUUUGUGUUGCCGAUGUAAAAAAGAAGUGUUAUUUCUGCAACGGUUGUUCGGAUGAUCAUUUUUGAGAAAACAAGAUUCGAAUUGGCAUAGUAGGUAUUUUAUCCCGGACAAAGGUAGGUGGAGUGCAAUGAAAGGAUCAGGUUUCGGGCUGCAGUAGCGGCAGAUGGAACAUUCCACUUCCGAAGACGUUUAACAGUAUUAGAACGAUGUGGUAAUUGCUUUGUGUGUGGUGUGAAGUUCAUAAUAUGCACGCGGGUUUAUCUUAGUUCCUAAAUUAUUCGACCGGUACAGAUCGAGGAUACGCGUCAGUAAUUUAAACAUUUCCCUGAAGAGGAACUAGAGUAGAAAAUAUACCCUAUCACUUCUAAUAGAGACUCAUAGAUGACUCAGGUUUCAACAACAACAGCGACAACGUCAAUUUCUGGUGCCGAAGAUGAACUCAAUUGUGAAAAUACACGCUAUAUCGGGCGUGUACGAUGAGUCUCCACACUGUUACCUCUUACAAAUCGAUGAAUUCAAGAUUCUUCUCGAUCUUGGUUGGGACGAAUUUUUUAAUCCGAAACCAAUCAAGGAUAUGCGGCGAUUGGUUAGUCAAGCGGACGCGAUUUUGUUAUCAUAUCCUGACCCGCUGCAUUUGGGUGCGUUGCCGCACUUGCGCCACGAAAUAAAAUGUCCAAUUUAUGCUACUGUACCAGUUCAUAAAAUGGGCCAGUUGUUUAUGUAUGACCUGCAUCAGUCCCGCCACAAUAUGGAACACUUUGAACAGUUUUCCCUUGACGAUGUCGACGAAGCAUUUGACAUGAUCACGCAGCUAAAGUACAGUCAAAGUGUACAAUUUCAGGGAAAAGGUCACGGUAUCAGCAUUACGCCACUACCUGCUGGCCACAUGCUCGGGGGAACGGUAUGGCGAAUCACCAAGGAUGGAGAAGAGAACAUCGUGUAUGCCGUCGACUAUAAUCAUAAAAGAGAACGUCACCUUAAUCGCUGCGCACUAGAAACGAUUCAAAAGCCGUCACUCCUAAUUACAGAUGCCUUCAAUGCAAACUAUAAUCAGCCUCGUAGGCGAACCCGGGAUGAACAGCUUCUGACGACAAUCAUGACAACCGUCCGUUCUGGUGGAAACGUGCUCAUAGGUGUUGAUACUGCGGGUCGAGUCUUAGAGUUAGCACACAUGCUUGAACAGUUAUGGAGAAAUCAAGAUUCAGGACUCAUGGCCUAUUCGUUGGUGAUGGCAAGCAAUGUUGCGAAAAGCGUUAUAGACUUUGCCAAAUCACAGGUGGAAUGGAUGAGUGACAAAGUGAUGCGAUCUUUCGAAAGUGCACGCAACAAUCCUUUUCAGUUCAAGUACCUCAUACCAUGUUACAGCCACGGCCAAAUCCAGUCAGUCCCCGAACCAAAGGUUGUUCUCGCUUCCAUGCCCGAUUUGGAGUCUGGGUAUGCCCGAGACCUUUUUAUGCUGUGGGCAAGUAGUGAAAGGAACUCUGUUAUUCUCACAUCGCGAAGCUCGCCAGGGACAUUAGCACGCACUCUUAUAGAUCAAAAACCGAAAGUUGUGCAUCUCACGCUCAAGCAAAGAGUUCCACUGGAAGGAGAGGAGCUUGAAGAGCAUCUUCGAGUGGAGCGGGUUAAAAAGGAGAAAGAGCUCAAAACUGAAGACUCUUCUGACGAAAGUGACGUCGAUGGAGCAAUCGAGGAUGUGGAAGAAAUGGAGCCCGAUUCAAAGCGGCCACGCUUAACCUCAGAAAGUGGCUUUGCCGAAAAGCAGUCAUUCUUUCAGAAGCCAACAAAGAAGGGUCACCUAAUGUUUCCCGUCCGUGAGGAUAAACUUAAAUGGGACGAAUACGGGGAGAUUAUUAAUCCUGAGAUGUUCUCAAAUAUGGGUUUGAAUGCUCCCGGUGACAUUUUAGAGCCGACAAUACCAGAUGAACAGCGUAACGGCCAACCUCCAGUAGGAAAAGAAGAAGUAAAAUCAGAGCCGCCGCCUGAACCAUCAGAACUUCCCACCAAAUGUAUUGCUAAAGAAAUUGUCAUUCAGGUUCGUUGCAAUGUGCAGUAUAUAGACUUUGAGGGACGUAGUGAUGGCGAAUCCAUUCGAUCCUUAGUGCAAAUGAUGAAGCCCAAACGACUGGUCAUUGUUCGUGGAGGAGACGAAAGCAAUACAAAAGCGUUCUACGAUUAUUGUGUGUCAACCGGCUGCGUCCAGGGUCACGGGGUUUUUGCUCCGAGGGCUCACGAAGUCGUUGAUGCCACUACUGAGUCUCAUAUAUAUCAGGUUAAGCUAAAAGAGUCCUUGCUAGCGAUGUUGAAGUUCUGUAAAGUUAAAAAUGAUGAGCUGGCUUGGGUAGACGCCGAGGUGGCCGAACCUGAAGAAGACUCGGACUUGAGGCGUGGCGAUGAGGCCACCGAAGAGCUACUGGCGUUGCAACCUGUUCAAGACCAGAAGCUUCGUCCACGGCACAAUCCGUUAUUCAUUAGCGACUUCAAGCUAUCAGACUUCAGACAGGUACUACUGAAAAACGGAAUUUCAGCUGAAUUCUCGGAAGGUGUACUUUACUGUAACAAUCGUAGUGUAACUGUCGAGCGGGGUUUAAUUGUUAAAGGUUCACUAACUGAAGACUACUUCCGUAUCCGCGACCUUCUUUAUGAACAAUACGCUAUACUUUAGGAAGCACUGUUCCG